CUUGAGGACCUAAGUUUGCUCCAUUACCCCCUGAUCAUGGUCUAGCUGAACCGCGAAGUGUUUAUUAUCAAGCGAUCAUUCCCUCGCUCCUCACCCCAUUGAAAAUUUAUUGUAUCUUGUCAGCCUCACCAAGCGCGACACGGAAACCCAGGCCAACAAUGGCUAGCACUCUUGCCACGGCAAAGAGGCCGUUACUCUCUCUGCCGUUUCUUUCACCCUCGUCAUGCGAACUCAUGCCUCUUACGUCUCGACGGAGCCAGUCCUCUUAUAGACGUACAAAGCAACGUUUACGUGUGAAGCCUGAUGCCUCCUUUGGACCUUCUAUGACCCAAGUUCAAGGAGACCACAUUGUCUAUAACCCUCCUUCGAGCGCUCCAUCAGUGUAUCACACGCCAGCGAAGUUUCUUCCGAACGAUGACAUUCGGAGAUCUCUGCGCACCGAUGCUUCGGUCACCCACCGGAAUUCCACCGAUAUUACUUCUCCAAACGAAACGCCUGGUUUAAAGAGAUAUCACCUGAACCCAUCCGAUGUACUAGAGAUACGGAGACUUAGAACCAGUGACCCACUGACAUGGAGUCGCUCCAAGUUGGCCAAGCGUUUUGAUUGCUCACCACUCUUCAUCUCGAUGGUGUGCGGAGCUAGCCCAGAAAAGAAAGAAAUGCAGAAGCAAGUUCUGGAGGCGGUGCAAUCAAGAUGGGGCACCAAGCGCCGGAUGGCUAGAGAAGAUCGGAAGUUGCGAAAGGAAUCCUGGGGAAGGGACUGUUGAUGACAAUGCCCGAAUUGGUUGCGCCAACAUUCCUACAGUUUUUUCACAUCCCAGGUCACCGAAACUCCGGUCGUUCUUUUCAUCAUGUCUGCUUCGAGUAUGCGAAGUCUUUUGCCGCCCGUUCAUUUAUAUCUGUCUUAUUAGAAGCCCUUUAUCCCUGUAUAAAUCUGUAUUCUUUACCCCCGCCCCCAAAUGAAUCAAUAAUUAUGGCGAUAAUAGUCGUAGCCGACUACCAAAUGAAUAAC